ACUGCUGGAUGUGAUCCACACGGAGAACAAGCUCUACCUGGUCUUUGAGUUCCUGCACCAGGACCUGAAGAAGUUCAUGGACGCGUCGUCCCUGGGUGGCAUCGCGCUGCCGCUCAUCAAGAGCUACCUGUUCCAGCUGCUGCAGGGCCUGGCCUUCUGCCACGCGCACCGCGUGCUGCACCGUGACCUCAAGCCCCAGAACCUGCUCAUCAACGCUGAUGGUGCCAUCAAGCUGGCUGACUUCGGGCUGGCGCGCGCCUUCGGGGUGCCCGUGCGCACCUACACGCACGAGGUGGUGACGCUGUGGUACCGCGCGCCUGAGAUCCUCCUGGGCUGCAAGUACUACUCGACCGCCGUGGACAUCUGGAGCCUGGGCUGCAUCUUUGCUGAGAUGGUGACGCGGCGCGCGCUCUUCCCCGGGGACUCGGAGAUCGACCAGCUCUUCCGCAUCUUCCGCACGCUGGGGACGCCGGAUGAGGCCGCCUGGCCCGGCGUCACCGCGCUGCCCGACUACAAGCCCAGCUUCCCCAAGUGGGCCCGGCAGGACCUGGGCAAGGUGGUGCCACCGCUGGAUGAGGAGGGCCGCAAGCUGCUGGCACAAAUGCUGCACUAUGAUCCCAACAAGCGCAUCUCGGCCAAGGCGGCGCUGGGCCACCCCUUCUUCCGCGAUGUCACCAGGGCUGUCCCCCACCUGCGCCUGUGAGCUCUGAGGUGGGGGGUGGGCACGUUGGCUGAGGACAGCGUGAGCACGGAGUGGGGCAGCGGGUCCCCCCAGCCCCCAGGACUGCUCGGGGCAGGGCCCCCCCCCCCAUUGCCCGGGCUCUCGGCACUUACAUCUGGGGGUGGGGGGGCAGAGCCUUCUCCUUCCCUCUGUCCCCCUCUCUUCUGUCCCCGGGGUGGUAGUGGGGGUCCACCUCUUUCCUUCCCCCCCGCGGGCUUUUCCUCGCUGACUUUUGUAACUUUUUGCCAUUUUGUAGUUGACAUUUAAAGCUCUUUGUGCAGCUCCUG